GUUGCCUGCUACUUCCGGUAAGCUUGUCAGCGUGUGUGAAACUGAUGUACUGGGGCUGUCUGUCAAGGCUUUUCGGGUCUGGGGAAAGUCAACCUUCUCAUCCCUCAAAAUUAACCCACAGCAUUAUCAGCAGCCAUGGAUUCACAAGCGACCCCAAUGCCAGUUAUAUGUGAAGUCUGCGGAACAUACUUUGAGACACGACGAGGGCUCUCCAGCCACGCCCGGCUCCAUCUACGGCAGCUUGGUGUGACCUUGUCAGAAAGCAGCGGAGCUCCCAUAGAGCUUCUAUACCAGCUUAUCCAGGAGAGAGACGGCUCCUUGCCCAACUUCAAAGCAGAGUCCUCUGCACCCUUGACACCUACCAAAACAACAUCCCAGCAGGAGUCCAGGACUCCCUCAGUACCAGAAGACAAGAGCCCCUCCUACAAAGCAGGGAGUAGAGUCAUGACUACCCCACAAAAGAUGGAUCAUCAGGGAUCUCCAGCCAGAUCAAAAGAGUCCACAGCCUCUCACCUCCCCUCAUCUCCUCCUGCUCUUAAGCUGGCUGAAGGCAGCAGCUCAUCCUCCUUAGAGCACCAAACCACAACCAAGCCACUGUGGGCGCCACUGGAAACUGACGCCCCUAUUACUUUAGCUUCAGACAACAAUGAUGAGGUCCAUGUUUGCCAGCUUUGCGGCUGCUGGUACGAGACACGCAAAGGCCUGUCCAGUCAUGCUCGGUCCCAUCUGCGGCAGAUUGGAAUCCCUGACAGUGAGAUCAAGGGCAGCCCUAUUGAUGUUCUUUACCAGAUCAUGGAGGAGGAGGACCUCAAGCCUAUCAGCACAGAGCAACAGGAGUCGCUCUCUUCAAACAGCCCCUCUACGCCCUCCUCCAAACGGUCCUCUGAUCAGUCUUCUCCACCUGCGUCUCCUCCCAGCAAACGACCUAAAUCCUCAGAGGAGUCCACCUGUAUUCUUUGCGGGGAGGAGUUUGAAAACCGAAAAGGCCUGGCCUCCCACGCACGCUCUCACCUGCGUCAGAUUGGGGUGGUGGACCUGCUGGGGAAAGGCUCUGCGAUCGACACUGUCCAGGAGCUGGUCAGCAGUGGCAUGUUAGAAGCCAUGCACCCCCCCAAAACGAACAGUUCCAUCAGUUCAUCUCCAGCUCCAGGUCAACCCUGCUCCCCAUUUCCCUCCACGUCCCUCUCCCCGAGCCCUGUAAAGUCUCCUCACACUCCAGUUAACCGGGCCCCAAAGGCUAAGAAAGGCUUUCGGCUAGCAGUAGACCCUCUUCAUAGAAAGCCCAAGCCUGAACCUGUGGAGGUCGAGGUGUCUACACCGAAGGAAUCUAGCAACAGCAGCAGCUCUCCCACUCAGAAGUUGCCCUCUGCAGUUGUUUCUUCAAAGUCUCUCAGUGCAGAUGUACAAUCCCCACCAACAGUCCUUUGCGAUUUCUGUGGCCAGUUGUUUGAGACCCGCAAAGCCCUGUCAUGCCAUGCCCGCGCCCAUCUGCGCCAGCUUGGCCUCACCUGGUCGAUCAAGACUUCGCCGAUUGACGUCCUCAAAGAGGUCAUGAUGCAUGGGGAAGAGGGCAGGAAAGAGUCUGCACCAAGUGGGGCUUCGGGCAAAGCCACGUGGACCCCUCAAGGCUCCAAAAGGUCCCUGGACAGCCUCCAUUCAGGGGAGCUAACCUCCAACACCAGCACCUCACCUCUCGAUUAUUCAAUGAAAGAGAAAUCCUCGUCUGGCAAGAGGGGGGCCUCACACACAGACGCAUCCUGUGAGCUUUGUGGGUUUGACUUUGAGAACCGCAAGGCUCUGGCCAGUCACGCACGGGCCCACCUCCGACAGCUGGGUGUGGUCGAAUGGAAGGCAGAUGGGGCGAGUUCGCCGAUUGAGCUCCUCAGUGAGAUGAUCCGCAGGGACCCAGUCAAGGUUGCCGCAAUAACCCGACGCUAUCGCAUGGGAGACCUGUACAUCAAAAAGAGACAUGCUGCGUCGCCCUCUCUGUCUACAGACUCUGAAUCUGUGCCUGGCAGCAGUCUGAAACCUUCAGGGCACCAUCCAGAGCACAAGGGGGGCAGAGAGGACACUGCUGGCUCAUCCAGACAAUCACAAGACCAUAAACGGACCAUGGCAGCUCAUGGCAACCCUGGUGUGCGCUCCCCAAAGGGGGUCUAUCUGACCAAACAUGCAGUGCCUAAAGGGGAAGAAAAUCAGGACACCAAUUCCCAGCAACCACCACGGUCCGGCAGCAUCCCUGCUCUGCUGCCCAAGCCCCCGCUGACCCCUCUGGUUAAACUGGUGGGAAAAAUGUACUCCCUCAAGUGCAGGUUCUGUGAAGAAGUGUUUCAUGGACCUCUGUCUGUUCAAGAGCAGUGGAUCACACACCUGCAGAAACACAUCCUGUCACUGGGCUACAAAGGCAAAGCCUCUCCUCCUGCUGCACCAGUGGCAGCUCCUGCUCUCGUCCAUCCAGUCGCUGUCUAGCCCACAAAUCCUUUCUGUAAUUCUUGCAAAAUCAUGUCAGAGUCAAGAAGAAGUAUCAGCUUUCUGUCUGUUUUGAGGUGACAAAUUGUCAGAAAAGCGUGAACUUGAUGUUCAUUUCAUGUCCUGGAGAGGGCGAACAUGAGCCAUGUGAGGGAAAGAGUAGUGUGAGGCCCUCUCAGGUAAAAGCCACUAUAUUGAUCUCAACACUGAUGAACGGUUGUUGUGGAAAAACAUCCUUCAUUAUAAUGAUCAGUGCUUUCCCCUUCACGCUCAUACAGUACAUUCCUUCCAUUUGUACAGAUGUUACAUGUGUUUGAAUGUGAUUCAAUGUUUGUCAUUAACAAAUGACAUUUUCCUGCACUGAUAGAAUGGACAAAAUGAAUUUCGUUUUAUUUUUGUCCUGCUGAGUAGUACAGUCGGCAUUUCACUGUGACAUGUUUCCUUUCAGGCCAAGUCUUAUUUUAUAAAUUAUAUUUUAAGAGUUUUACUUUAAAUUUGGAAGAAUUACACACAGUUUGUAUCCAAUAUAGGGCAUCUUUUGUAGAAAAAAGUUACAGUUUUGUAAUGUAAUCGCAAAUUCAAAGCUUCAAACACAGUGACUGUGUUUCUGUUAUUAGAAUAUUCUUCAGAUGUGACUGCUAUCAUGUACUGUUUUUUAUAUGUGGCCUUUUUACAUUUCUUUUUUAACACUUAUGUAAAUUAAAGCUUGUCUUAUAUAUAAACCUAUAUGAAAUGUUUUUUUUAAUAUAAUUUAUCAUUUUUUAUAAUUUUCUCUAGCAUGGGAACUCUGACUGGUCAUGCUGCUACGCAGCCCCAUACGCAGCAAGCUGCGAUGCACUGUGUGUUCUGACACCCGUCGAUCAUAGCCAGCAUUAACUUUUUCAGCAAUUUGUGCCACAGUAGCUCUUCUGUGGGAUUGGACCAGAUGGGCUAGCCUUCGCUCCCCACGCACAUCAGUGAGCCUUGGGUGCCCGUGACCCUGUCACAGGUUCACUGGUUGUCCUUCCCUGGACCACUUUUGGUAGGUACUGACCAUUGCAUACCAGGAAGACCCCACAAGACCUGCCAUUUUGGAGAUGAUGACCCAGUCAUCUAGCCAUCACAAUUUGGCCCUUGUGAAAAUCUCUGAUUCUUACGCUUGCCCAUUUUUGAUGCUUCCAACACAUCAACUUUUAAGAACUGCUUGUUCACUUGUUGCCUAAUAUAUUCCACCACUUCACUUGACAGGUGUCAUUUUAACAAGAUAAUCAGUGUUACUCAUUUCACCUGUCAGUGGUUUUAAUGCUGUGGCUCUGAGAUGUGGUUUCUUCUUGUCCAUUAUUCCAUUUUCACUUCUCAUAUAAAAACCUCGUCUUUG